CAAGCUGACUAUCAAAUUAUUAUUCAGGAUGAAGGUUGGAAUUGCCCUAGUUCUCACAAGCCUCCUCUGUAUUUGCUGCAAUGGACAAGUUGUAGAAAAAUGUCGCACGGACACAUUUCCUCCCCCAGAUGACACUAAACUGUCUACUGUUGUCGUUAAUCUCAACAAAGCACCUGAACAUCGAUGGGAUGAAGCUAUUACUCCUUACAAAGCUGAUAUUGUGAGCCUGAUUGAGACCAUCACUGACAAUGUGAAUAAAUAUGUUCUUGAAGUAGCUGACAUUGCAUUUGAUCUACUGCUGCAAACACUUCCAGAUCCAUAUAAAUCAGAAAUAAAGGGAGUUGCAAAGAUACUUGGACUACCUGAGGGACAAGUUGUACUAUACAACAUAUUCUAUGAGCUUUUCACUGUUUGUACAUCUAUUAUUGAAGAAGAUUCCAAUGGACAGCUCUACCACGCCAGGAACUUAGACUUCGGUCUCUUCCUCGGAUGGGACAAUGCAAAUGACACCUGGCUUAUGAGUGAACGUCUCAGAAAGAUUGUUGUCAAUAUUGACUUCCAGCGAGAUGGCAAAACUGUCUAUCAGUCUGCAUCAUUUCUUGGAUACGUUGGCCUGCUAACUGCUGUGAAACAGCCACUAUUUACUCUAACUAUAAACGAAAGAUUCAACAAAGAGGGUGGUUUCGUUGGAAUAUAUCGCUGGAUCCUGGGAAACAGGAACGCUAAAUGGAUGGGAUUCCUGACCCGGGAUGUUAUGGAGAGCGCGAACAGUUACAGCGAGGCUAAGCACAUGCUGAGUACCCAGGAGCUACUUGCUCCAGCAUACUAUAUUCUGGGAGGGAAUAGUACUGGGGAGGGUGUUAUCAUUACAAGGGGACUCAACGGAGUAGAGGAUUAUCAGGAGCUGAACAUAACGUCUGGUCGGUGGUUCUUGCUCCAGACAAACUAUGACCCUUGGGAUGAGGCACCUUUCUUUGACGACAGGAGGACCCCUGGUAACAUGUGUGUCAAACAGUGGGGUCAAGAGAACGUUGGAUACAAGUCACUGUUCAAUGUGUUGAGCACUAAACCAAACCUGAACAAGCUAACAGUGUACAGCACUGUCAUGACUGUCAGAGGUGAUAUCCAGAGCUGGCUACAGCAGUGUAAAACACCUUGCACACCCUGGUAAAACACUUUGGUAAACACCUUGUUCAGUGUACAAUGUACAAUGUACAGUGUACAGUGUGCACCUUGUGUGUACAGUCUGGUGAUUUGAAAAGUGAAGGUUGGGAUAAGCUAGGAUCAGCACAGAGCCUGGGCAUCUUCUUAUCGAUUAUGGUCCGGAUGAAGGCUUUCAAUUUGCGCAACGCACGCUUAGUAACCCUUAGUAACGCUUAGUAACGGGAACUCUUUUGUUAUUGAACUGAAUGUUUUGUGUGGAGUGACGAAAUUUAAUAUAAUGUGGCCUAUCAGAAUGAUACGUUUGAUUUUUUAGAACGUUUUUAGCGGUAAGAUUGAUUUUUGUAAAGUUCAUGAUUUCGUAAGUUUUGAUGUUUGAUAGUUUUGGAUUUUUAUGAUUUUCUAGCUUGCAAAAUUUUUCCAAUUUAAGACAGAUUUCAGACUGUUUGGACAGAUUUCAGUAUUUUUAUAAUUGAUUUAUUUGUUUUUCAAAAUUGUUGAGUGUUUUACAAAAUCUUAGUUAAUAUAAAGAGUUUAAAUGACUAUCAAUUAUCGGUUCAAUGAUAAAGAACAUAGUGCAGAAAGACAGAUUAUUAUAUCAAGAUAAAUCAAGACUGAGCCUUAACUUUCACGCAUGUUUUACUUUUUAACCUUGAUACGAAAGUUUGGAAUCAAAGUUUAAACAUUGUAAUGUACGUAAUCAAUUAAAAUUGAAUAAUGAUUUCUUUUCAA